AUGAACUUCCUGCGCCUUACCACGCGACACCUCAAAUCAACACAUCCCACCAGACCAAUGACCAUGUCAACAUUUAAAAUCCCAGGAUCAAAUUUCCAAAUCAACAGCAUCCCAGAUCUAAGCAAAGAAGACCUCCUCUCCUUCCCAGCCUUCAAAACCUGGAUAUCUACACUCCAACAAUCCCUCGCCAGACAAAAUCACCCCUCUCACGAAUUCCACACAGACCCAUAUGUCCUGCGGAAAAUCGACAUCCAAUCCAUUGACCGCUUCGGCGGCGCGCGCCUCGGCUUCGUCAAAUUGAAGGCUGAUGUAUCCAAUAGCGGGGGCGAGACCCUGCCCGGAAGUGUAUUCUUGCGUGGUGGCAGUGUCGGCAUGCUGCUGAUAUUGCAACCCGAUGAUGUUGCUAAUCCGACGGAAAAUGAUAAGCGCGCUAUCCUGACUAUCCAGCCCCGCAUCCCGGCGGGCUCUCUGGCUUUCCCGGAGAUUCCGGCCGGCAUGCUGGAUGAUAGUGGGAGUUUUGCUGGCGGUGCAGCUAAGGAGAUUCAGGAGGAGACUGGGUUGGUCGUUGAGCAGGGGGAUUUGAUUGAUAUGACUUCUUUGGCGGCGCAGGCGGCGCAGGAGCCUGGACAGGGGGAACGGCUUCAGCAUGCUGUUUAUCCUUCGGCCGGGGGGAGCGAUGAGUUUAUUCCGCUGUUUUUGUGCUUGAAGAAAAUGCCGCGGACAAGUAUUGAGGAGUUGCAGGGGAAGUUAACGGGGCUUAGGGAUGAGGGGGAGAAGAUUACGCUUAAGGUUGUUCCCUUGGGGGACUUGUGGAAGGAGGGAUUUAGGGAUGGGAAGACUUUAGCUGCCUGGGCUUUGUAUCAGGGGUUGAAGCAGGAGGGAUUGAUUGAGUGA